AUGGCAUAUUCUCCUCAAAGACUCACGCAGGCUCAUCAGCUCUUUCAACAAAACGUGAGCAACUUCUACAUGCUUCCACAUCUCGAUGGCCCAUAUCACAUGCGAGAACGUGCCGCCACACGGGCCGAUUUCAGUGCGUCCUGGCAAGACACCGACGAAGAUAACUUCGCAUCUCUCAACGAGCAAUCACGGACCAAGCGCAAGCUAUCUCUUUUCUAUGAGGACAAUCGAGAGCCUCGGUCCGACAAAAGGGCCAGAAGUGAGUCUCCACCUUCUAUGUUCCGUUCUAGGCUGAGCCCAGACACGGACAAUGAAGAUUAUGCCUCCUACCACAGUGAGCCCGACAGUUGGGACAGAUACUGGGCCGUCAAGCCGGAGACAGAAACAUCAAAUUCACGAUACAGCCUUAGAAGCCACAACAAGGAAUCGUUUUCAGAACUGCCACAAAAUAAAGACACGACCAAGGUCGAGGCGGAGGCGGAGGCAUCGAAGCCGACUGAGGAUGUCCUGCCUGCUGAUAACGAACUUCCCUUGAGAGCGUGCGAUGCCUGCAAAGAACUGGGCUUGGAAUGCUCGCUUGCAUCUGAUCCCGAUCCGUUCGCUUAUCCUUGCGUAACAUGUGAAGUCGAUGAUGUCUUUUGCGUCGUGAGCCCACCGCCCAAAUGGAAGCGACCAUGCGAGAGUUGCAAAGGUCGGAGGAAAGAGCUUUGUUCAUAUCGCUCCGCUGAUUACGACCAUUCCCAACCUUGCCUCCAAUGCCUAAACCAUGGGUUCGAAUGCGUUGCUGGACCAGCCAGAUACCCACCCUUUGCACUCUUUUCCACAAGCGAACCAAGCGAGCAGAGCAGUUCUCCAAAGAUUGAUUCUCCGGCAACAUCAAACUCACCCCAGUCCACUCCAGAGCCCGACGUUCUUGAGAUAUCCAAGCCGAGUGCGCAAAUCAAUUCCCCAAAGAUCGACUCUCCAGCACGUCCCAACUCACCACAUGACACACAAGAGAUCGAGGUCUCCGAGGUACCUACCCCGAGUCAACCCAAUUCCUCGGUCAUCCAACCAAAGACCCAGACUCCAGAAACCAAUCCCGCAAAGAAUGAUUCUUUGGAGCUUCCCUCCCCUCCAUUCACCAACACACAGCCCUCCGUUGUUGAGGGAUCGAAGCCACAUGAGGUGAUUGUAAUCUCUGAUUCAGACGACGACACCCCACACACCCCACACCCACCGAAAAGACAGAACUCCCCGAUUUAUAUUUCCGACUCCGCUGAGUCCCCCACUCACGCCACUGUCACAAAUACCAUUGCCUCGCAGUCCGUGGACACCCAUCGAAUCUGGACUGAACUUGCUCAUCCAGUAGUAUUUCUUGCAAAUGAGAAGGAUGGAUCUCCCAUUUGCCACUGGUGCAACAACUUUGCGUAUGGCAUCAAUGGACUCGGUCCUCGCAACCCAGAGGUCUGGGUCUUUGACGACGGCACGAUCGUUGAACUCCAGGACGGUCAUAACGGAGAAGGAAAGGAACAGAGCCGGAUGUGCGUCUCCUGUGUUUGGGAUCGAUGCAAAAUUAUACAAUGCUCCCACAAUACCCUCAAUCUCCCACCCUCGUCUUUGUCCUCGAAAAGCGAAGUACAGACUGAUGCUUCCGCACUUCUCCACCAAGCCACUGAAGCUCUGAUUGACCCUGACACUGGAAAGGCUGGCCCUUUCUUCCCAAGCCCCAUUUAUGAAUGGUGCAGUCUGUGUCGAGAGCCCGCAUUUGGAUCUUGCCAGACGAUUCAACCAAUCGAUGUCUACGCAGAGGUGGUGGACUGUGAUCAAGAAUCCCGUGGGUGUGGACUGAUGCUCUGUGAGCGCUGCCUCCACCUCACCAAGCAAUUCAAAGGUGACCUCAACGCUGUCGUUGAAUGGGGUCGCACCCAGCCUAACCCUGUCUCCUAUCGGGCUGAUGUAGAGUACCUCCUCACAGGGGCGGAGAACAACACCAUGUACAAACUUCACAUGGAGGAACACGCUGGUCGUCUGUGGAUAGCCCUGGGGUUCGUUUCCGCUCCGGAAAAAAAAAAUUACCUUCUUUUCUGCCAAAUUCAUUCACAAUCCCAAAUCCCCUUGUACUUCCAACUAAACGGAGGUAAGGGUGUUGCUUUGAUCCCGUCUUCUAUUUUUCCCUUGUUGCCCCGAGCUGCGACACGAGGUGCGCAGCUCAUCGCCACGACGUCUUCACCAAAGAGACGAAAAGUUUCCCCAGAGCCUCGCACCAGUCCAGGCCCUCGGGCUCGACGUCACGGCCGCUCCGAACCUCCACACUCUCGCCACACUUCCUCCUCUUCUUCCCGCGGUCAGAGUGCGUCGUUGUCCCCGCCUCGCUACGUGCCUGCGCAUCUGCAGUUUCAGUCCGGAAGCCCGCCUGGCCGCUCGCUCACCCCCGCGACCGCGACUGCCGGACUCUCCCUCUCCAGUGACCAUUCCGAUAUGCCCUCCGAUACUCGAGAGGGUACACCUCCAACCCAUGGACGAUCCCCUUCUCCCGGCGAAAAGCGCCCGGCAUCUGAGAUUACCGACUCCGACCCCGAAGGAGGCGUGAGCACUGUCUGCAAUAACGCGCGCACAUACAUCAUCCCCCGCACAUGCGACGGGACACACGAUGAAUCCACGGAUCCCACCACUUCGAGCAAUGACAAGACCGGGCCGGCAUCCUCGGCUGGCGACCAGUCCAGACCAGCAUCGCCGCCCAAAUCAGAUGAAAUUCCUACGAUCGAUGAGCAGGUGACUGAGGUGAAUGCGCUGAUGGCAGCGCCGUUGAAAGAUGGACAAAAGGGCUUUGUUGUUUCAAUGGCUUGGCUGAAGAAGGUGCUUGCACGCACUACAGCCCAUGCAGAUCACACUGACAAAGGACCAUUGGAGGGUGAUGUUGGUCCCGUUAAUAAUUUGAACAUAAUGCUUGACACCGACCCGGCCACGCCCAGCUUCAAAGACGAAACCGGUGAAACGUUUGUCCCCAUGCGUCCUGGCUUGCACGACUCUCUAGAUUUCGCCAUAAUUCCGCAACAUGGCUGGGACCUGAUCCAGAAGUGGUAUGGCCUCGCCGACCAGUCACCUGUGAUUAUCCGCUACGCUCACAACACCAGCCAACCUGGUGAUACCGAAAAGAUCGAAUAUGAGACUUAUCCCCCGAUUUUCACCAUCUUCAAAUUGGCCAACCCCGCCGCGGGCACCACCCCGACCAUCUUGAGACAAACCAUCAAACCGUCUGUCAAGAUCCUGGCCAGUCGCCAGACGAAUUACCAAAAAUGGUUGAAGGAUGCCAAAGAGCAGACUGGUAUCGACAUGUUGACCAAGGUUCGAGUUUGGAAAAUUCUCCAGCUGCCUAGUAGCACCACUGCAUCAGCUUCAGCAACCCCAGCUGCCUCCCGCAGCCAGUCGCCAGCUCCUCCCUUGGCUCUGAUCUCGAACCCCAACGACAAGCUCCUGUUCGAUUUGAAUACUUUCCUUGAACUUCCAGAGGGAAGCCACCGGGUGUUGCUUGAGAAUGUCAAGGAUCAAACCCAGAAUGCAAACUACAACGGUCGUAUGACCUUGGAUAUGGCUGGUCUCAGCAUGACGAAUUGUGUUGUUCUUGAAGAGCAGGUCGGCAGCUCCAAAGGUGGAGAAUGGGUGUCCGAAGCCUCUAUCAAAACCCUCAAGAGUCUGGGUAUCCCUGUGGAUCAACCGAAGAACAAUGCUGUUGUCAAAGCAUCUACCGCUAAAGACGCACCGAAGAGCAUACCCAGCGGCAGGACCACCCCUACCCCGGGACCCGAUCCAAUUAGGGGGCUCAUAUCUCGAGGUCGGAAGGGUCGACAGAUUAUCGUAGGAUUACAAAACCUUGGCAACACUUGUUACAUGAACUCCGCGUUGCAAUGUGUGCGAAGUAUUGAGGAGUUGUCUUAUUACUUCCUCAGUGGAAUGUACAAACCAGAGCUGAACCCUGGCAACGUUCUUGGAUGCGGCGGCACUAUUGCCAAGCAAUGGGCCAACUUGCUGCAGGAGCUCUACAAAUCGGACCCUCAGCCAAGAUCUGUUAAUCCCUAUAGGUUCCGUUCUGCCGCUGGCCGGCAACGUGAAGACUUUGCUGGCUACGAACAACAUGAUAGUCAGGAAUUUGUGAUGUUUCUCCUCGAUGCACUGUCGGAAGAUCUAAGCCGCAUCGUUGGCAGCAAGCCAUCCACUGUCAUCCCUGAUUCCACUGAUGAGAUGAUCCACGAUCGUAAGGCUCUUGAGGAUUUCGGCAAGAAGUGCUGGGACCUCUAUGAGGCCCGCAACGCCUCCAUUAUCACCGAUCUUUUUGCCGGAAUGUACAAGUCAACACUGAUUUGCCACAAUUGUGAAAAGACCAGCAUCAUCAUGGACCCUUUCACAAUGGUCACUGUGCCCAUCCCAACGGGUCCGACGCUCAUCAAUCGAACAAUCAUCUUUUGCCCUCUCGACGGCCCACCCGUGUCUUUGAAAGUCCGGCUCGAUGAACACGAUACUUUGAAGACUUGGAAGGACUUUAUCGCCGGAAAGAUGGGAAUUGACGGGGAACGCAUCUUUGCGGCAGAGACAUUGCACAAUGCCUUCUGGCAAACAUUUUGCGACAAUGACGAUACUUUCGGCAGUCUACGCAUUACCCAAGAAGACACCAUUGUGUUCUACGAUCUUGGUCCUCUUCCAGCAUCUACUAAUUCUUCUGACUCUACCAAUGAUGAUGCAGUCCUUGUACCCGUUUUCCACCGCAAACCUGUCCCACGGAAGAACAAAGAGAGCACUCUUGAACUUUUCGGGAUGCCAUCCUUCAUACGCCUUUCUAGUGAAGAAUCUCGGGAUCUUGAGACGAUUUACCGCAAGCUUCUGACUCAGGCUAAUAAUAUGACUACACAAGACAUUUUUGCUACCGAAGAAAACAACCACGACGACAAUGCAACUGAUGACUCUGACACCGUGGUCACCAAUGAGGAUGAUGCACGAUCGGCAGAUUCCCAAAUCAAAACAUCUUCUGUUGACGGUGAAGACAGCAUCGUUGACAUUUCUAUGCAACCUGAGCAAGGGCCCACGCCUGCCGAAGGCACUGAUGAGUCGGAUUCUGACUCUGACGCUGACUCUGAAUCUGAAUCUGUCAAGUCCCCUCAGCAUCCUCUUGCUGGCAAGUUUCCUGCCAGUUUGUUGUCACUCUUCGAUGCAACGGUCAUGAGCACACCUACCACUCUUCCUGAUGGACGCAAUAUUUCUACACUCAAAACUUAUCCCUCCAUUUCCUCUCGCAUCCUGUCUCCUCCCAAUUCUACUAAGGGAUCCGAUACUUCAUCCAAAAACUCCGCAGAUGACAAUCUCGAUGAUGACCUCGAUACAGAUGAACCAGACCUGACACCAAACUCAGCACCAGCGCUCGUUCGCCAAGGUGAUGCCAUCCUGAUUGACUGGACUUCCAAUGCCAUUGAUUCCCUUUUCGGCGGCAAGCCACGCGACUCCGAGGAGCUUCGAGGUCGCCCUACCUUCAUGAACAUCAAGAAUGUCUUUGAUCACACCAUGGUGGUCAGCCAGAAAAAGCCUAAGCCAUCAACUGUUCCUCUCGAUCAAUGCCUGGACGAGUUCAGCAAGGAGGAGAUUCUUUCUCGGGCAGACAGCUGGUUUUGUCCUCAGUGCAAGACUCACGUUUCGGCCACCAAGAAGUUCGAGCUGUGGAGAACCCCAGAUAUUAUGGUCAUUCAGCUCAAGCGGUUUAGCCAAUUCCGCGGCAGGAACGGACACAAGAUCAGCACUCUCAUCGACUUCCCCUUCGAGGGACUGGAUUUGAGCAGCCGAGUAGAAGGCCCCACGGAUGGAAAGAGUGCGGUCUAUGAUUUGAUUGCUGUCGACAACCACAUGGGUGGAAUGGGUGGUGGCCACUACACUGCCUACAUCAAGGACUUUGUGUCUGGUGCCUGGGUCUAUUGCAAUGAUACCUCUGCGAAGACUGUCACAGACAUGCAGUCGAUCAUCACACCGGGUGCCUACCUCCUGUUCUACCGCCGUCGCUCCGAUCGUGCAUUGGGCAACCAGGAGCUGCGGGAGCUGGUUGAGGGCUACCGGAAGAGCGAUGCGAGUGCAUCCAGCAGUUCCUCCGGCUCCCGCAGCCCCGGUGGUUCCCAAUCACCUUCGAGGGACGGCGGUCGUGUCCUUGGCGGCGCACCCGGCAAGGGGUCGUCCGCCUUGGCAGGAGCAGGGGUGGCACCCCGAGUGAGCCGGGGGAAAGACUCCCUCGGCAAUGACCUGUACUCUUCUGCCGAGGAGAGUACGUCGGGCUCAGAAGACGGUGGCAGCGAAGGUAAGAAAAUCGACUUCGAGCACGAGAAUGGGGGAUCGCAGGUCGACUCCCUCAACAAGCUCACCGAACCCUCUUGGUCGUUCGACGCCGCUCACGACAUCUCACAGAUUACCAGUGGUAACGCUGCCACGGAAGAUGGCAUCUUUGAGGGUCGAUGUCCAUGGAGUGAUGGCAUGGACAUCGACCCUCAGAUUCAGUUUGGUCUCACUUCUGGGGGUGAGGGGGAGGAUUCCUCCGAUGAUCUCCCAGUCGUGGAGCUGCGUGUGGGGUCCGAGGACAUCACAAUGUCCUCGGACCCAUGA